AUUUUAAACCUUUGAUGAACAAACGCUUCGCGCGUGAUAUUCGAGCGCGCGCGGAAAUGCCUGUUAUGGCAACCGGAAGCUACCCCCCAACCUUUACGUUGCAGCAUGGCAACGGCAGUAAACAGAUUUCGAGGCCCUUCAAGUACAAUUUCAAGUAGAAGGACUUUUGCAACAAUGAAUAUAUUCUAUCCGGAAAUUAACAUAAAAAAUGAAGUCCAAAAAUUGAUGGUGAAUGCCGAUCAAGCCUAUGAACAGCAUAUGCAACAGAAGCGAAAAAGAUUGGCAGCUCUCCUACAGGCCGACGAAAUGCAACAGCAAGCGGAACUCAUUGAAAAGCUUCGAGAACAGGAAGCUGAACGUUUGAGGGCCAAAGAGAAUGCCCUACUGGCAAUCAAACAGGACAAAGAACGCCAACGGGAGGAAUUCAUCAAGAACAAAAUGAUCCAACUGAAACUGAAUAACUGUGACGAAAUCCGGACCCUAGUACAACAGAAAUACCACGAAGAAGCUAAACGAUGCCAGCUCGCACAGAUAGAAGACAAGAACAAACUGAAACUGGCCAAACUGGACGAAGAACGAAUGUGGAAAGAAGUUCACCUGAGGAAUUACAAAUUACAGCUCGACCGUGAACUGAACGAUAAACGUAAACGCGAAUCCAUGGAAUGCCAAACCUUGCUUGAUAUCAAGGACCAAAUGAAAGAACGCGCUCUCCGCUCUGAGAAGGAAAAGGUCGAAUUGCAGGAAGCACGAUGCACCUCACUGCCGUUUCCCGGAAGAGAUCCUAAAUUGAUUCAGAUGAAGAAAGGUGACUUGGCCGAAAAACUAAAAGAACAAAUGGCCACAAACAGAAUGCUGCAAAAGAAACGAGCCGAGCAAGAACGAGAAAUAGUAAAAGUAUUGAACGAAGGAAUGGAACAGGAAUUAGCUCGCGAAAAAGCUACACGUGAUGCCGAGAAACAAACGUUGAAGAAACAAAUUGAUCAGUAUUAUAAAUAUUCGAAGCACGUUGAAAAGCAACGAUCCGUCGAUGAAGCCAAAAUGAAUAAACUUAUAAAUGAUGUGCGACAACAGUACGAUAAAAAAGACGAGGAAAACUGUAACAAAAUUUUGAAUAAACGCUGGGGCUUAGCAGAUAGUGUCUACGAAAUACAGCGUAUGCAAAUAGCAGAAAUGGAAGAGCUGCGUCGGAAGCAGGACGAGGAGAAAGUAUUAGAAGGAGCCCGUGAGCGACAACUGUACGAAAAUCACCUACAAAAAAGCAUCGAGGCAGAUCAACGCAUGCAAACCGCUGUGAAAAAGUAUCGCGAAACGCUCAAGGAACAAAUCAAGUCGGCGACGCUGGAACGAGAACGUUGUAAGCGGCAUGAUCAAACACAGACCAACCGAUUGCUCGAAGCAAACGCAAAAGAUCUCGACUUUGUGCAGAGCUACGUUAAAGGAUCAUUCGAAAACCAUUUCAAAAAGCAUCCUAACACGGCGUUAAUGCGAAAGAAGUACUAAAAAUUGAAUAUCUAUGUAGAUAAAUGUAAUACAAUUUUUGGUAUCUGCUUCUU